UGCACAUAUCCGAUAAUGCCACGUAUUAUUGAAUUUGAAUUUACUUCCUCCUGUUCGACAUGCAUGUAAGAAUAGUCUCAUAUAAACAUGGCAUGCACAUUUUGUGGCGAGAACAGAUUCAGGAGCGCUGCGCAGCAAACAUGCCAUACUGCUAUGAACCAUGGAACACACAGUUGUGGUUGUGGAUACAAGUUUACUUCUGAAGAAGAAUUAAAAUCACACGAGACAACAAUGAAGAAAAACAUGAAAGAAAAUCCAUGCUCUAGUUGUUGUCGUUCAUUUGAAACAAAUGGGGCAUUGACAGAUCAUAAGAGGGCUAAACUUCACGAUUAUACUAAACCCCCAAAUCAGUGUGAUUGUGGAAAAAGUUGUAAAUCUGCAGAUGGUCUCGCUCGACACAUUCGCGCUAAACAAGAAAAUUUGAAUAUUGCAGAUGCAAAAUAUAAAAGCAAAGGAGAAUAUUAUGAUCACUUUUACAAAACAAAUGUUAUGGUGAGUAAAGACGAUCGUAAGGAGAGUGUUGGAAAGUGCCGUGACACGUUACACAAAAUCAUGGAUCAUGUUCGCAAACAAGAGGAUGGCAAAAUAUACAGCAAUGAUAUCAGAAAAGCUGGAAGUCAUGCUACUAGAACCAAGGUCAAGAAAGCCGACGAAUUUGACGUUAACAUCUCUUUGACCCUCCCUGUGGCUGACGUCAAGACUAAGGGGACAGUAAAAUAUAUCUACAAAGAUAAUUUGAAUCCACGUGACCCAAAGAGUGCAUCUCCAGAAAACCUGAAUGUGAAAAGAGAAAUGACUGCCGUCCCAAAAGGCAGACAGCACCAUAUACCUAUCGGAUAUGCAGCUGUUAAGGCUAAGGAGAAUGAAAAGAUAGCAAGUAAAGUAACGCAUAAUGGGGACAUAAUACCAAGAAAAGUUCAGGAGGAUCUUUACAGCAAGAUGAACACUGCCAUCAAAGACUUGGACCUUAAAGGUGUGCAUAUUUCUAGAAAUUCCCAUGGUCCAGCACUGACAUUGACCAAAACAGGUUCAAAAGGGAAACACGAUAUUAAUAUAGACGUCACUACAACGAUUGGUGAUAAACAUAUACCAGUGGGUAUGUAUGGUUGGCCUCGUCCUGACACAAGUAAAGUUCUUCCAAAAGAUACAAUAGAUAGAAUUAAAAACGUCGGAACCCACAUGGUCCCUAAAGGAGGUGAAUUUUGGAAUGUAUCCCACUCUAAAGCAGAGAAGGAGCUUAUGAAAGGAUUAGAUAUGGGGAAUCAAUGUCGCCGACAAUGUUACAAGAUGUUAAAAGCAGACGUACAAACUUGGAAGUCGAGAUCCACUGAUAAUUAUCCGGGGAUAUCAUCCCACCUUUUGAAGCACUCAAUGUUUUGGAUGAACGAGCGACACAAACCAGACAAUAAAGAUUAUUGGAACCAGAAAAAUAUCCACAAUUGUUACACUGAUUAUCUUAAUACAUUUAAACGCAAUUUAGAUCAGUGCAAACUACCAGAUUACUUCCAUCCUAUGAACAACAUGCUUGGGAAAAAAGACAAAGAGGUGUGUCACCAACUAGCAGGAUGUGUUGAAGAAAGAAGAAAUGAACUUUUACACAUGAAGCUUCUCAAAUGAAGAUUUUUAUUAAUGCACGUGUAGGAUUCAGAACUACGGCAGUGAGAUUAUAAAAUAAUUGCCUGUUUAAUACUAACCUGAUAUUCAUUAGUUAAGGUCUGCAUUGUGGUUUUGAUUUUCACUUGUGAUCACCAGGGCGUUAUAUUUCAUACAGUUAGCUUUUUACAUUCCAAAAUGGUAAAUGAUAUAAUGUGAUUUUUUAAUUAUUUUAAUUGCUCGUCCAUAAUUGUGCCAAAGUUCUGUGUCCUUUGUUUUGCAUCUGCUUUGAGGUAGAUUUUUGAUGACCUUGUAAAUUUGUUUUAAAUGAGUUUUCUUUUCUUAUAAAGAAUUACAAGUUAUAGUGGACAGUAUAUGUUAAGAAAAAAAAUGUAUGUCCUAAAUCAUUACAUUGUCUAAAACAAAAACACUCUUUUUUUUGUGUAUGUAUCAUACAUGUAGCUUGAUAUUGAACAAGAAUGAUUUUAAUGUCACAAACUUGGACAAAACUGAAUGGCAACUUUGUUUAGGGUGUUUUUUUUUGUGUCUUUCGUCGUGAUUAAAGACCCUUAAACAAACUAGUGUGAUUGAAAAAGUUCAUAAAUGAGAGCCAAAUUAUGCAGUUUCUUUAUAAAUGUAUUGAAAAUGGUUUUUGUGUUUUACAUAAACCAUAAGUAUUAUUUUUUGUAAAGUAAACUGCGUUAAAUAAAUACUUAUAAUAAAUUUACUAUAAUAUGUGAA